AAACUAUGAAGUCGAAAGUUUGAAGUAACGCUAACUCUCUAACCCUACUACGCUCCAAGCUCCGGCAAAGUCGAGAAAGAAGAUCAAGGAAAAGUGAUUUCAACUCCAAAGGCGAUUUGGUGCCGAAAGAUUUGGAUUGUCGAGCUCCUCAAGAUGCUUCCGCUUUCUCUCCUCAAAACUGCCCAGGGUCAUCCCAUGCUGGUGGAACUAAAAAAUGGGGAAACUUAUAAUGGGCAUUUGGUGAACUGUGAUACAUGGAUGAAUAUCCAUCUCCGUGAAGUCAUCUGCACAUCAAAGGAUGGAGAUAGAUUUUGGAGAAUGCCAGAAUGUUACAUUCGCGGAAAUACAAUUAAGUAUCUUCGUGUCCCAGAUGAGGUGAUUGAUAAAGUUCAGGAAGAAGCAAAAAGCCGAACAGAUAGGAAACCACCCGGAGUAGGACGUGGAAGGGGAAGAGGUAGAGAUGACGGUCCUGCUGGAAGACCGGCAAAAGGAAUUGGGCGUGGGGUGGAUGAUGGAGGUGCCAAGGGCCGUGGAAGAGGAUUUUCUAGUGGCAAGGCUAGCGGCAAAGGUGGGGGUCGUGGGCGUGGCUAAUAAAUUCAGAGGCGAAGUAUCAAAAAAGUGAGAACAGAUUUGCAGUUUUAGGCACAGUGGCUGCCCUAAAAUUAGAGCGGAGAAACUUGAAACCUGCUGCCUGGUGAGUUAAGGGGUUUGUAGAAGAAAUGGUGGAUAACCAUUGACUUAACAUAUACUUAGUAUUUUUAGGUGUUUGUUUUUUCAUUGUUCAAUAGUAAUUUGUAGGAAUAUAUGUAGCCUUUUAUGAGUUUAUGACUUGUGAAAAUUGCUGCAGAGAUAUCUUCAUGUGAAAUAUUAAAUUAUGACAUCCUAUAAA